UGGGCAACAGUGGUCUAUUAACCUGCCAUGAACCAGUUAACCUUUGUCAGCUGCCUUUUGUUUUGUUCGACUGUUCAAGCUGCUUUUCAGGACUUUGUGAUUGCUCCAGGGUCUUACGAAGGUGAUAACGAAUUAUCCACAGACAGAAAGGAUUUUUAUGAGGAGGAAAUGGGUGAGGAAAUCAUGAUCUCUCUGCAAGAUGUACAGCAUGAGGGUGUUGUGGAUACCAAUCUGCUGAUGAAAGCCUUAAUGCAACAUGCUAAACGCUUGGGCAUGAGUUUAGAUGAGUUAGCCAACUUAAAUAUGGAGGGAGAAGAAGGGGAGUCUAUCAACCAAUUGGGCUGCUCAUCUGGGCAUGAUGGCUUUGCAUUCCAAGAAAAACCCACCUGGCGGGACGUACUCUUUAACUAAGC